AUGGAUUAUUCCCUUCCACCUUCCCCAUACAAGGCCAUCUUGACAUCUACCGCCCAGGAAACGCAAAAGGCGAUUCCAACGGUUCUCCGUCUCAGACCCGAUGCGCCCCCAACGGGAUAUCAAUGUCUGCCAUCAAGAUAUACCCCGCUAAGUUCAAGAUUCUUUCCAAACCUCAGCACUGAAGUCCAAGUGGUGGAUGCAGAUACCUACGACACGGCCAUUCAGAUCACCAAUGCAUACGCAUCCAGCGGUGGAGAUACCACGCCUGUCUGUGUACUGAAUAUGGCCAGCGAAAAGAAUCCGGGAGGGGGAUGGCUAACAGGGGCCAUGGCUCAGGAAGAAGCGCUGUGCUACCGAAGCACAUUGAGUGCGACACUCAAAAGGCGCUUCUAUCCGCUGAAAGAACGCGAGGCGAUAUAUUCACCAAAAGUGGUCAUCUUUCGAGAAAGCUAUGACAAUAACCACCGGAUGAUGGACCUGCAACGGCCCGAUUUUCUCCCCGCCGUCAGCGUCAUCAGUGCAGCGGCUCUUCGACGUCCGGCUGUGAACACGAGGACGGUGCCAGCCAGAUAUGUAUACCCCGAAGACCGGCUGUUGAUGAAAGACAAGAUGCGUGUGAUACUUCGUGUCGCUGCGCGCAACCGCCACCGAAGCUUGGUUUUAGGUGCCCUAGGUUGCGGCGUCUUCGCAAACCCGAGCCACGACGUGGCAGACUGUUGGCGAGAAGUUUUACAAGAGCAAGAAUUUAGGGGCUGGUGGGAUAACAUUACAUUUGCAGUGCUAAAGGACGUAUCCCACGGCACUGACAAUUUCGAGGUCUUUCAUACGAAGUUGCAUGGCCUGAGAGUUUGA